AUGAUGGCGCAGUAUGUCGGCCGUUCGCGAUUCGCGCCGGCGACGAUUCUUUCGCUAUUUGUUCUCGCACACGUUGCCCAGCAAGCGAAUGCCGGUGCGUCGACGUUGGGACCAUCGUCGUCGUCGUCGGCGACGACGACAGCAGCGAUGGGAGCGGUGACGGUCAUCGACGACGAUGACGACGACGCUGCGGCCCGUCACGACGACGUUCCGCCGCGCGUGGUUCAGUUUGCGGUGAAUUCGGCUGCAGUUGAAUUCGCGGUGUUGUCGGCACUGCCGCUCGGUGCCAACUCUGCCGACGAUCGCCGGGCUUCUCUCAUCGAGUUCCUGGGCACCGGUCUCGAUCGCGAGUUCGCGUUACGAUGGUCCUCUUCGAGCCGCGACUGCCCGCAAAACGCGGGCAACUCUCUGGACGCGGUGUUGGCGUCAUCGACGGGCGACCGUGCGAUCUACAGAUUCCGGACGGCACCGGACGCGAAGGUUACAGUCAUCUAUUUUUGCUUGAGAAACGACAGCGAUGAAAAAUGGAGCAACCUCGGCGACCGCGUUUCCAUAAACUACCUGGUACAACCAGAAAAAUAUUUUCGUGCGCGACGCGGUAAUUUGUUAGAUGAUGACUCCAAAACUUCCUCACUGGAUAGUCCUUAUACGGACAUACAUAUCGAAGGGUUACGAAUAGACAAGGCCAAGAAAGAACCCAGUCACGACAAUAAGGGUAUUCCUCAUAUCCUGGCCGGAACUGAGGCGACAAUUCGGUUAUUUGGCACCGGUAUUACGAAGGACACCUUGAUCACCUUCACCGACGUGUCGGCGGAAAGGGGUGCUGUUUGCGACAAAAUUAAAAGUAACGAGUUUCCGGUGGAAAACGUGGAGAAAACUACGGCGAUCAUUCGCGUAGUACUUCCUCUGGGAUCGUCGUUUUACGUAUGCGCAAAACGGCCUUUGUACGAAAAAGAGAGAUUGCAGAAGGACGACAUACUAUUUAGACACCAAGGCACCGCGCUGUACAGCACUAUCAGCACAUAUGAGAAAUUACUACCGCUCUGGCUCACUAUCUUGAUCAUUCUCGUUUGUCUCAGUUUGUCCGCACUUUUCUCCGGUCUCAAUCUCGGUUUAAUGGCGAUAGAUAGGACCGAAUUGAAAAUACUCGUCAACACUGGUACGGAAAAAGAGAAAAAGUAUGCGAGAACUAUUCAGCCGGUAAGAAAUCAUGGAAAUUACCUUUUGUGUUCGAUUUUGUUUUCCAACGUUCUUGUCAAUUCGAUAUUCACAAUAUUGCUGGAUGAAUUGACAUCCGGGAUCAUCGCCGUUAUCUGUUCAACGUUAGCUAUUGUGAUUUUUGGAGAAAUUUCACCACAGGCUAUUUGCAGCAGACAUGGAUUAUGUGUUGGUGCAAAAACUAUCUAUCUGACUAAAUUGACAAUGCUAAUUACUUUUCCAUUAAGUUAUCCAAUCAGCAAGUUACUUGAUGUUAUUCUUGGUGAAGAAAUUGGGAAUGUGUAUAAUCGAGAACGAUUGAAAGAGCUGAUCAAGGUAACGACCGGGUACAACGAUUUAGAGAAAGAUGAAGUAAAUAUAAUUGCAGGAGCAUUAGAACUGCGGAAAAAGACCGUAGUAGAUGUAAUGACCAGAAUCGAAGAUGUAUACAUGUUGAACUACAAUGCUAUUCUAGAUUUUGAAACUGUGUCUGAGAUUAUGAAAUCAGGAUUUUCACGUAUACCAGUAUACCAAAAUGUAAGAACGAACAUAAUAUCCAUGUUAUAUAUCAAAGAUCUCGCUUUUGUCGAUCCUGAUGAUAACAUGCCUCUAAAAACGCUCUGCCAAUAUUAUCGAAACCCAUGUAAUUUUAUUUUCGAAGAUGUUACACUGGAUAUAAUGUUUAAGCAAUUCAAAGAAGGUCACAAAGGCCAUAUGGCUCUUGUGCAAAGAGUUAACAACGAAGGCGAGGGCGAUCCGUUUUACGAGGUGAUUGGUUUGGUAACAUUGGAAGAUGUUAUUGAAGAAUUAAUUCAGGCUGAGAUUAUUGAUGAGACAGAUGUGUUCACGGAUAAUAGAAGUAAACGCAAAAGGCAGGUGCGUCAGAAUAUGCCAACAGACUUUACAUUAUUCACGGAAAAAAAGGAAAACCAACGAAUUCAUAUUUCGCCGCAAUUAACGAUGGCGAUGUUUCAAUACUUAUCAACAACUGUGGACACGUUUAAACCCGACGUUAUAUCAGAAACGAUUCUGCGACGUUUACUGAAACAAGAUAUUAUUUAUCACGUUAAAGUGAAGUCGCGUGAAAAAGUCAAAACCGAUCCGGCCGCGAUAAUUUAUCAACAAGGCAAAGCGGUCGAUUACUUCGUGCUAAUUUUAGAAGGUCGCGUCGAAGUGACAGUGGGAAAAGAGAACAUGAUGUUCGAGACCGGCCCUUUCACAUAUUUUGGAUCGCAAGCUCUUACCGCUAAUAUCGGAAUAGCUGAAUCGCCUACGAAUGCAAAUCCACAGACAGUCGGAAGCAUUCAGUCUGUCAAUUUGGAUUCUAUGCUGCGUCAUACCUUUAUCCCGGAUUACACAGUGCGCGCAGUGACUGAGGUGUUCUACGUGAAAGUCAAGAGAUCCCUGUAUCUUGCCGCAAAGCGCGCUACACUUUUAGAAAGAAGUCAAAAGGAUCCGCUGCCUAGUCAGGAUCAAUUCGACGACGAAGUGGAGAAGUUGCUGCAUUCUCUGGAGGAAGAUGAUCGCAGUGUACCUGAAUCUCCAAUAUUACCCACAGACAGAUUGACUGAUAGUGAAAAGGGAAAAGACUCCGUUGUACAUUCGCCCAUACGCAGUGUAACAGCGCCAACGUCUCCGCUCCCAGUCAGCGCUAGUCCGAUCACGAAUUCGAAGUUCAUCUCGCCGCGAAACGAUGGGAAAGUCAGGAAUUCAUCAGCCAAGGUACAAACGAGUCCAGUGGAGAUUCAAGCUAAGCGUGAUUCGCUAAGUGCGUUAGAUACGGACGUUCUCGCUCGUCAGUCCGAUGUGAUGCGAAUGUCACCCGUUAAGAAGAAGGUGAACAGCGACGAGGAACGAAUAAAUCUCUUGCCUAAACAAGAUAAUUCUUAACGGUUGCAGAAUGGCCGACGGCACUCGGCAUUGUCGGCGAAAUCGGUAACGUCGUUAAGAGCGUCGGGCAACACAGAGCGGAACAUGCUGGCAUGACACAUUUUGCUACUGUGACACUAGAUACUUCACGAAUUACUUAGGUACUUAUCGCGAGAGAGAAGGCACUUUAUAUUUUUAGCGAUUGGCUCAGAGGCUGUACCCGACCUCGGCUUUCGUGAAUCACUAAGUUUCGUAGGUAUCAAAAGUCACUUUCUAUCGAUAGUUUGCAACAAGAAAAUAAAAUCAUAAUUGAUUGCUAAUAGCGUUUCAUAGAUUAUAAAUGAUAAAAUCGAGAUAUACUCACAGGUAAAGACUAUCUGUUUAAAGCUUAUCUAAUGUCGUGCACGAAGAGAAAAACAGAAAGUAAGGAUUUAUUCAGUAACAUGUUGAUUUUCUUCUUAUUUCAUUUUAACAGAAAAAAAUCGCUUCCAUUUUACGAUUGCAAACAUAUCGAUGACUGCUCUUUUUUUAAGGUAUCUUUUUAUAUAUUUCUAUAUUUUCACAUAGGACGCGCGUGCAUCAUACAUAACAUCUAUCACAAUGCUAAUUUACCAUUUGAUUAAAUGAUAGCGAACGCGAGUACAGUUGCGGGUACAGUUUUUAGCUAAUUAAGAGAAAAGUGGUAGAAACUACGCUGCAAUAAUGCCUUGACAUUAUUUUGAAUAUAUUUUAGUACGAAAGAUUCAUUAUAGAACCAAAGUAAAAUAUAUGAGAUCAACCAUACGAUCGAAGAUACUAUCGUCAUAUAUACAUAUAUAUUAGAAAACAGUACAAACGCGAGGAAAAAAUUUGAAAAAGGUUUAUAAUAUACGUUAUUCGAAGGUUGAUUCGAAAAAAAGGGAAAUUUUAAUUGUCUUUUUGUUUUUUUUUGUUUUUUUUUUCUUUUUUUUUUUUUUUUAGUUGUAUGCGAAUCUAAACGUACACAAUAGUUUGAAAUGGCCCAGUUAGCGAGUACCAGCGAAGAAGUGACUCGGUACAUAAUUGAUAUAAUUAUUUAGAUUUAGACUUUUAUUAUGUGCCUUAAAAAAAAAUUCUCUAUAUAGAAAUUACCGUUAUGUGCUUGUACUGAUUUUACUAAGGGUAUUCUUCUAGCUACUUUUUUUUUCUUAAGAAAACCGAAGUUUGAUAUAUUAGUUACAUUCCUGUUAUAAUUAACGUGCAGUCGCGUACUUAUAUCAUUUUUCUUGCGUUCAUUAAUUUAAAUUGAGAGGAAAUAAGCAGGGGACAUGUACUGUUUUUCUUCGAUAUCAUUUAGAUUAAGAAAAGUUUUAUUUUUUUUUUUUUUACUUAAUUUGUAUUUGAUCUUUCCUUAACAACAAUUUAAUCAUUCUGAUUAACAAACGUAAUAUUGUAAUUAAGCUAUAAAAAUCUAUAUAUAUAAACUAUAUAUAAAUGUAAAUAGGAAACACAAGAUUAUUUUUUUCUUAAUGAACUUUAAAUAACUAUACAUAUAUUAGGUACUUAAUUUGCGAAUUGAUGACUGAUUUAUUACCUUAAAAUAUUUUAUUUUAUGAAAAUGGAAAAUUAAAUUCUUAUUAAAGAAAAAGAAUUGUUUAAGAAUAGAUUUUUUCUAGUGUAGUACUUUUUUCGAACAUUCGGAGUAUAAAAUCUAAAAUAUAAAAAUUGUCUCUUAUUAUACUAUUGUCUGAUAUUUUUAUGUCGUAAUUUUAUAUUUGCCUUUAGUUAUUAUUAUUGUGAAACUUUCUUAUUCAGUAACAUUGUUAAUACUUUUUCAGAAAUCUAAUUUCCUUAAAACUGUUAUUCUCUGUUUUAUAAAUCAUGAGGCAAAUGUACAAUAUAAUUUAUAUUGUUAUUAAUUGAGUACUUAUGAUGUACAUUAAAUACAUCAAUGUGAUGUAACAACUACACUGUAAUUAUUAGGCGUAAAGCGCUAAAAUGCGAGCCUUUCUUUGUAUCUACAUGAAGUGAUUCUAUAUUAGCAGACAUGAAUAAAUAUAAAUGCAGGAAGAUCAAAUUAAAAAAUUAAAAGACAGAAGCCAACUUUGAAUACGUCUGCACAAUCUACGUCUGCUAAUCGUGGAUCACCUCCACAGUGAAAUAUUUUACCAUUCGAAACAGCUGGUUUCGGAUUCUGUAGAAUGUAUCGAGUUAGAAAAUGGUUACCUGACAUUGUUCCCCGUAGAUUAUUGCGAUCGAAGUACUUACAAAAAGGGAAAUCAAUAAGAGAAGAACUGCGAUGAAUAUUAUUAAUAUUUUGUACUGAGUCUAAACGGAAAUAUGUGUAGAAAAGAAAUAUAUUACACCUGAUUAAAAAAAAAAAGAAAAACAGCAUUCUAUUGCAGGAUAAAUAGGUUUAGAUACAACAAACUGUUAUAUAUAGAUGAAGUUACAGCGUGGAAGAUAAAUAUAAACGUGACAUUUUUUACAGAUAUGAUUUACACAGUAUAUGUAAUAUAACGAAUGUUAUGUUAAUAUGUAUGUUCCUCAUUUCGCAUCUAUAUUUAUUGAGAUUUGUCAUGUCUGUCAUUUUUUAAAAUAAUGAUUCUACAAUCAUUAUUUAGUAAGUUUACACUUACUGCCAUACAUUUAGCAUGUUAUUGAUCGUUAGAUCCCCUGUUUAAUACUUGUUCGUUUCCAAAGCAUGAAAAUUAUAUUGCCAAUGCAAUUACUAGGAUACUAAAGAAUAAUUAUGUUUACGAGUAUACUCCAAAAAUAUCAGAGCUAGUAACACAGCGAGAGUUAAGAGGCGAAAGGAUUCUUGUGUAGAGGAAUAUGUAAUUUUCGAAAGUAACAAAGAGAGCCGAUCUGAAGUGUGACAAAGUUUUAUAUGAAAGAAUAUUUAUCACAAUAAAUAUGUUCUUCCUUAAAUUA